AUGGCAUCUGCAUUCGUCGAAGAGCAUCGCCAAGCUGUUCCGAUCAGCCAAUUCAUCACCUCGAACUCCCCUAAUGGUAUUCUUAUGAGCAUGGACGUCUAUAUUGACAGUUCUAAGCUUGACGAGUAUGUCAAAAUCGUCACUCCUGUGGUCCAUAAGAUGCGAGAGUAUCCAGAGUGUUCCUUUUGCGAGAUCUCCAAGAAUCCCAAUGACACUGGACACAUUCGAAUCUUGCACGGGUGGACAACGACAAGUGAUUGGAUUCGCGAUAACAUUGAAACACAGUCAUGGUUCGGUGACUACAUUAAAUCGCUUGCACCAAUGAGAGAUACCACCAAGCCGCAAGGCGAAUGGCGUUGUCGAAUCCUAUAA